UUCAUACUGGUGUGAAAAUGAAGAACAUAAACGUUUCCACCGUGGCUCUGGUCCUCGGCGCAUUAAUAUCGUCAACGGUUGCGACUUCAAGGACCAUCACUCGGGAAGAAUGGCAAUCGCGUCCAAUUUUCGAUUACGAUGCCCCCUUGGAGGAGAACUGGGUUGAGCCGAUACGUUUCGAGGGACCAUCGAUCACCAGGAAAAGUUUCCGGGCGGGGGACGGUGUGGUGAUGUUGGAACUGAACAGCGACUCGGAUCAGAAAAGGGUGAGCAUCGCUAGCACUGGCAAGAGAGGCGCCUAUUACAUAGCCCAGGAUGUCGACACCGGAAAUUGGCUCGGUGAAGUUCCUAUUUUAGUAGGGGAAGUGCACCUACUAGAUGGGGUCGAGAAAAUAUACCUAUUUCUUAAGAAAAAGGCGGGACCUGCUCCCCCUGCAGCAGGGUCUGAAGAGCUCAGUGGAAAGUCCCUCCCUCAACUCAGCACUUAAUGAAGGUACCACAUCUAAAGCCUCUUCGUUCAGAUUGCCAUAACAAAGUCUAGUGACUGCCAAGAGUCUAACUCCAAAUCUGUAGGCUUUGCAAAUACCCCAGCAUAUUCCUCCAAUUUUAAAUUUGUUGUUUGUUGCUAGCAUGUAUGCCUGGUGUCUGUUGCAAGUUUUCAAUCUUCAGUCUCUGUUCAUCUAUCCCCCCAUCAUAAACUUCUAAAAACUGUUUCCCAUGUGUCAUUCUGUGAUGUGAUACCAUUACAAGCUUUAUACAGCAGUUCAUUCUUCUUCCUUUUUCUAAAUGCCAAGGUUUGAUUGUGCUGAUUAUGGCAAUUAAAUGAUUGUUACUUGCUUGUCACUUGGAGACGAGCCCCAAAUUUCA